AUGUCCAACACAUAUGUGCCAUCGGGAGUGCGUGUGCACCCGCGCUGCCGACGGCGGAACACCAGGAGGGAAAUGAGCGUGAGUUACAAAGAGACAUCGAUGGAGACACAGAUGGAAAAACUGUGGAACUCAUUAGAGAUGUGGUUUCAGUCACAAGAUUCAAGAGAAAGUGAAAAUGAACUGAGGAUUUUGCUGCUGGGCAAACCUGGAGUUGGGAAGAGUUCAACUGGAAACACAAUCUUAGGAAGAGAAGUUUUCAUAUCAGACUUUUCUGAAGAAUCUGUUACUAAAGAGUGUCGAAGAGAAACAUCUGAAAUCAACGGCAGACACAUUACUGUGAUCGACACUCCAGGACUGUUUGAUACUGAUCUCAGUAAUGAAGAAAUCCAGAGAGAAAUCAGCAACUGUAUCUCUAUGAUCCUGCCUGGACCACAUGUGUUUCUCUUACUGAUACCACUCGGACGAUUCACUGAAGAAGAAGCAAAAGCAGUGGAGAUCAUUCAAGAGAUGUUUGGUGAAAACUCAUUAAAGUACACCAUAGUGCUCUUCACCAGAGGAGAUGAUCUGAAUGAAAAAAACAUUGAAGAGUAUCUGAUAGAACCUGAAUCUGGCCUUAAAAACCUGAUCGAUGAGUGUGGAAACAGAUUCCAUGUGUUCAAUAAUGAGACUAGAGACCGAACACAAGUGACUGAUCUACUGCAGAAGAUAGACAACAUGGUGAAGACAAACGGAGGGAGUUACUACUCAUGUAAGAUGUUCAGAGAGAUGGAGAGAGAAAUACAGAAGAAUAUACUGAUGGAGAGAGUCAGGGAAAGAGAAGAAGAGAUGAAGAUGAUCAUGGAGAAAGAAAGAGAGAAACUAGACAGAAAGAUACAAGAGAUGGAGAGCGAAAAAGAGGAAUGGGAGAAACAGAGACAACAGGAAAUCAAGAAAACACGUGAUGAAUAUGAGCAGAAACUUAAACAAGAGAGAGAGAGAAGUGAGAGAGAGAAAGAAGAACUUCAGUUCAAACAUGAAGAAGAGAAAGAG